AUGUCCGACCCGGAGCCUUCGGCGACCUUGUCCUCGCCGUCCCUCCCGGCCACUGACUCCAAUGCCUUGACAUAUGCCUUUCUGGUACACUCCCAGAAAACUCUGACUCAAAAUCUGCCGCCUCGCGUCGAUAAUAAGCUGCUGGCUCGCCAAAAGCGGCGUCGGACAAGCCCGGAGGAUCAUGCCAUUUUAGAGGCCGAGUACCAGGUCAACACCAAGCCGGACAAGCUCGCGCGGGCGAAUAUCGUAAAUCGCGUCUCGCUCGGCGAGAAAGAGGUGCAGAUCUGGUUCCAAAAUCGCCGCCAGAACGACCGACGGAAAUCUAAGCCUCUGCAGCCGCAUGAGCUGCUCGCGCCCCGAUCGAGCAUGUCCGACUCUUCGGGCCACCCGACCAGCGACGAUCACGCGUCUGCAGAACCAGGGUCUUCGAGUGGGGCGGAGCAGUCAGAAGUUCAGGAUCGGUUGGGGGAAACCAGGCCAAAGUCGUGGGGUGGCGAGCUGCUUCACCUAUCUGACGAGUCCGAUCCGGCGAUGAAGGAAAAAGAGGAGUAUGAGCCACCGCUGCCCAGCACGCAGACCAGUGUCGCCACAGAGACUAUGGAGGAUACCCCGCCCACCACCCAGGAAGAGUUCCACGCAGCGGAGUCAGAGCAAAGCCGAACUGAUGCAGUGGAAGAGGGCUCGUCGCUGCAGGUAUCGAAGAGAAAAUGCUCGGUGUCGGACCUUCGAGGCGAGACAACCCAAGAGGAUCACACGCCAAACAUCCACACAACACCGGUCAAAUCUCCACCCUCCCUGCGCUUGUCGUUCUCGUUUGAUGGAGAGGCGAUGGUCCGAAAGGAAGAUGAGAUGACCCCGUCACCGCCCAAGGGCCGCAACGCGUUGCGGAUUGCCAUGUCGUCGGAUGGGAAGGCAGUAAUCCGGGCCGAGAACGAGCCGUCGCCGUCCAAAAACAGAGUCGCCAUGUUUUCAGUUCGCAGGCCGAAGAUAACAGGUCUGCGCCGCAGCAGCAGCGCCAUCUUCCCAGUCACGCCGCGGGCUGGCACGGCCGAGAACGACCGGGCCUUUGGUCGCUCUCGUGACCCUCGCAACUGGGAAUCCUUCUUUGACACUGAUGCACGCAGUGCUCUCUCCACUCCCACGUCGUCUCAGACCGCCCCCAACGUUUCCCCGGGCCUCUUCCAAUCCCGUAGUCAACGAUCCCUCACUCGCAGUGCAUCGCAACGGCAGAGCUUACUGGCCGACGCAAGCCGCACUCCAAUCUCGCAGUCGAUGGGAGAGAAGAGACGCAAACUCUCUCGCACAGUCUCCUCAUUGGGCAGGUUGGAGACCGACCGGAACCGAUCUACCGCAUAUCUGUCUAAACUGUCGAAGUCGAUGACCUCCAAGUCGAACAAAUAUGACUUGGAGCUGGACGCCGGGGACUCCGACAAAGAGAACUGGAUCCCAGGCACUCGGUCGACCCAGGUUCGUCGCCGUACCACCUCGCACGCUCCUCGGCCUGUUUUGCGCGACGCCAAUCGCAACCGCGGUCUGAGCCUCACGUCGGGUAGCAAACGCAAUCGUCACUAUCAAUCCGGGACACCAGGCAAGGCACCGCCUGGUCUGAGUGCUGAAGUGUCAGCCUUCAUGUCCGGUGAUGCGAGUGGAAGCCAGGAAGAUGAUCUGGACUGUGUCCAGGGUCUCUUGUCCCUGAGUCAAGGGGCUUGGCGAUAA